AACCGUCAUUCUCUAAUUCUGACUUAUCUUCUCAGGGUGCGCACCUGGUAUGGUUGAUAUUUCAUGAUCCUUAAAACCGUCUAACGAUCACACAUAUUUAAAAAAAAAAUCCCCCCGAAGCCCUUUUUGAGAAGCACAGAUUAUCAUCGCCGAGCAGCAGAACAAGAAGUAGAGGAAGAGCCAAUGGCAAGGAAGUUUUUCGUCGGCGGAAACUGGAAAUGCAAUGGAACUACUGAGGAAGUGAAGAAGAUAGUCUCCACUCUUAAUGGAGGCGACGUGCCCAGCCCUGAUGUUGUUGAGGUCGUCGUGAGCCCUCCAUUUGUGUUUCUUCCUUUGGUGAAAACAACGUUGAGGCCAGAUUUCCAUGUGGCUGCACAAAAUUGCUGGGUGAAGAAUGGAGGUGCUUACACCGGUGAGGUUAGUGCGGAGAUGCUUGUGAAUUUGGACAUUCCCUGGGUCAUCCUUGGACAUUCUGAGAGGAGGAGUCUCUUAAAGGAAUCAAAUGAUUUUGUUGGGGAUAAGGUUGCUUAUGCACUUGCUAAGGGUUUGAAAGUGAUAGCUUGUGUUGGUGAGACUCUUGAGCAAAGGGAAGCUGGAUCCACCAUGGAAGUUGUUGCAGCUCAGACCAAAGCAAUAGCAGAGCGGGUAACAGAUUGGACUAAUGUUGUGUUGGCCUAUGAACCUGUGUGGGCAAUCGGGACAGGAAAAGUCGCUACCCCUGCACAGGCUCAGGAAGUACAUUCGGAACUGAGGGACUGGCUUCAAGCAAACACCAGCCCUGAAAUCGCAUCAACGACUAGAAUUAUCUAUGGAGGGUCAGUCAGUGGCGGAAACUGCAAGGAACUGGCAGCCAAGCCUGAUGUUGAUGGCUUCCUGGUCGGCGGGGCUUCUCUCAAGCCGGAAUUUAUCGACAUCAUCAAAUCAGCUGAGGUGAAGAAAAGUUCUUAAAACUUUGGCAUCAGCUCUCUAGAAGCUGACCAGUGUGGUGGAUAUGGUUAAUACGUAUCCUAAUCAUAAUGAUGUACGAAUUGAGUUAAUAAGUUGCAGUGGUUUGCAGCGAGACCCUUACCUCUAAAGUCUCUCAUCAAUUCUCUUCGGCUCUGCCAUUGAGAGAAAGGCCAAGCUUUGACCGUCUUGUGUGCCGUGACUUUUCACGUGUGAAUCCUGACUUGCUUCUGUAUUGUCUGGGUGAAUUGUGUAUUUACAUUUUUUGCUCUCUAUAAAUGUGCAUUUACUUGCGGGGCGACUCGAUCGAAGUCCAACUGUAAUUUUCUCAUAACCAAAGUCGUGCAGUGUUUUUUCAUGUUAUUUAUUAUCCAGACAUCCACCUGCAUGGCUUCAUUUAUAUGGCGGAAUUGCUUGUCCGGUCGGGUGAAUGAAUAGGUGGGUUGGCUCAGUUAGGUCGAGGUUAUAAAUAGCAGACCUCUCGGAUCCUCUUUAGAGAGCUUCGAUUUUUGUACAAAAUGAGAAAUAGAUAGAUUGUUUUAACCAGGAGAGCUUCGAUUUUUUUACAAAAUGGGAAAUAGAUAAAUUGUUUUAUCCGGGAGAUGACAAUAUGUCAGUCUGUUGUGCGCAAUACCUGACAGUGUUAG